CCAAGCGCGCACUUAUUCAGUAUUUCGGAAUGACGUCAUCAAUAUUCUGCUCGUCCACCUGUUUACAUUUAAGUUUAAACUCCAGGAGUCCGCGAGUUUCUGUAUAAACGCUUUACACGGAUCUUACAAACGCUUCUGAAAAUGAGCGGAAACGUCGAUUCAACAUUAGAAGCCGAGAUAUCAGCUGGGAUGGAAGUCCAGAUCAACCGAAGAAACUUUCCCAUCAACUUGUGGAAUUUGGUGAAUGAUCCUCAGAUUUGUUCAAUCUGCUGGGAUGACAGUGGGGAAGGAAUCCUGAUCUGUCCAGAGUCCUUCAAAGCUGAAGUGCUGUCUAAAGCCAACAAGGAGAAGAUCUUCAGAACUACUAAUUUCAUCAGUUUUGUUCGUCAGCUAAACCUGUAUGGCUUCAGAAAAGUUUGCCCAGACUAUAAGAUCUCGUUGAAGCAAGUCGGCUUCAUACAGCACUUUUACAACCCGAACUUCAAACGGGCAAACCCGGAGCUUCUGGCAAAGCUACAGAGACUCACACCUUCCAACAGGGCCAAGCUUACCACUGGGCAAGAUGUCUCCAACCACCCAAGUACUUUUCAUCCAGUGCUGAAUUCACCCGACAUCUCUGCUGUGGUCGGGAAUCAUAGCUGUAUCCCAGGAGCUUUGGAUCCCAACAUGCCCUGCUCCCAACAAGAAGUUGCCUCCUCCACUCAUUGUGGCUAUUAUCCUAACCACUUAUUGUCCAGGACUCAUUUAGCCACCUCCAGUACACUGGCCAGGAUCCUAACUGUGAAUCAGCUGAUGUCCAGGACUCAUUUAGCCACCUCCAGUACACUGGCCAGGAUCCAAACUGUGAAUCAGCUGAUGUCCAGGACGACUCAUUUAGCCACCUCCAGUACACUGGCCAGGAUCCUAACUGGGAAUCAGCUGAUGUCCAGGACGACACAUUUAGCCACCUCCAGUACACUGGCCAGGAUCCAAACUGUGAAUCAGCUGAUGUCCAGGACGACUCAUUUAGCCACCUUCUGUACACUGGCCAGGAUCCAAACUGUGAAUCAGCUGAUGUCCAGGACGACACAUUUAGCCACCUCCAGUACACUGGCCAGGAUCCAAACUGGGAAUCAGCUGAUGUCCAGGACGACUCAUUUAGCCACCUUCUGUACACUGGCCAGGAUCCAGAUCCCAGGAAGAGUCACAUGAACCUGGACACUGUAUUCGAUGCAGAAGAUGCAAUGGAGGCUGCUGAUUUCUUCACUCUGCUUGACUUAUGAAGACAGUUAAAUAUCAUUAAUUAUUUAUAUUAUGUUUAUUUAUUUGUAUUUAUUAAAUAUUUCUAAUCAUUACGCC